CGGCGUGAAGGAAUCAAGCUUAGAUUGAAGAGGCAGCGUGGUCGUUCGAGGGGCGGCUUCGACAACAUAGUAAGAUACACCAAUACCAAGAUUAAUGACCACAAUGGCCUCAACCAUGACUACAACGGCAACAAUGAUGGCGAUGGAGGCGGCGACCGUGCAGGACGCUGUUGCUGUUGCCUUGCUUGAAGAGGAGGGAGCUGCGCUGGAGAUGGUGCGGAUGUAUAAGCGACAGAUGGAUGGCAUCUAUGCCGUGCUGAUUCAACAUCGACACAAUCUACCAGCGGAGCUUAUGGAGGAGGGUGAGGAGUUGUUCAGCGGAUGGGAGGAGGAGCUCCAUGCAAAUCUCCCUUUUCAGCGGUUGGGCGCUAUUGAAGAAGCACAAGUGAUGGCGGAGCUGUGUGAUUCUACUGAAAUGCUAGGGAAAGUGAGGGGAAUCUUCGUUGAGCUCUGGGAGGGGAUGUAUGUGAAUACAAGGCGUGAUGAUGUCAAAUGGCGUUGCUGAGUGGGGCCUGAGGAGGGGCAGGUGCUUUGUGCCACGUUGCAGGAUCAUUCGUAUGAAGUUGGCGGCGCUUGUAUUUCAGCCACUUCCGUUAUUAAGGAGGCUGUAACUCGCCGCGGGGAGCUUGAGGAGGGGCAGGGUUCUUGCGGUGAAUCGGAGGAGCGCUCGUUUGUGGGUGAUGAGGAUUGCCCUUGGCGGGGAGGAGGGGUUAUCGCCAGGUGUGAUAACAACAACAACAACAACAACAACAACAACAACAACAACAACAGCGACCACAACGGGAAUAUCGACGAUGAACUUAUGUUGUCUGUGGCACAGGGAGUAAAAAACAAAAACGAUA